AUGGCGACACAAGCCCUGGAAGAUAUUACGGAGAGACUUCUCACGAGGUCGGAAGAGGCUAUCCUGCAAUUAGAUCUCUGGAUACAGCGCCAGCAGAGAUCAUCGGUAUGCGAGCCAUCAGAUCGGGACUCACUGGAUAAGUUAUCCCACCAGUACAACCAAUACAUGUCUCAACUGAACUCCUUGUAUGUGAGAUCUGAGUCAGUUCGGGAUAAGUUAAGUAAGGAACAACGGCGCAGAUUGAACACUGAGGACAAUGAGCACAAACGCAUAGAGGAUUUGGUUCAUGAAUUCCAGGACAUUACUGUGAGGUUGAACGAGCUGGCGACUGUCCCAAAUAAAGCAUCCAACAGUUCCCCCCAGUCACAGUCCACUAGGAGCAGUCUGGAUUCGUUUCAGCCUCGACCAUUGAAGAUCAUUGAGAGGCAGCGUCUGUGUGUGGUGACUCCAUCGAAACCUCCAAAAAAGUCAGUAAUCUUUAACCCCAUUAACGAAGUUGACUGCCCUUCCAAGACAAACUCUUUACCAUGUUCACCUAAAAAGCAACCUGGGAAAGCUCGCACUCUGCGUGCUGCCAAAUCGCAUGACACUGGUUUGAAUAAGAGUAAAAAACCCUCUUCUACCGAUGCAUAUGAAUCUUUCUUCAAAAAUAAGCAGAGACUCUCCUUGACUUUUUUCGAUGAAAUGGAUGACGAGGAUUUAGAUUCAGAUCAAGACACAAUCAUUCUACCCAACAUAAGUACUCCUUCUCAUAUGGAUAUGGCUACCAAAGGUGCUGAAUUUGAGCCUUUGAGAAGGUACAAUUCGCACGAAAGUAUACUGUCUAAUAAACCAGCUCCCACUAUGUCUCUCUCACUAGGAAGUUUCCCAUUCUUUAAACCAUCGAAUCCAACAUUUGGAACUUCGGUAUCCAAUGUGCAAGUCAACUACUGUCCAAAGGUGACUGCGUCAAUGAUUCCCAAACGCAACGGGACUCGUGCUCCAACCUCAAAGGCGUUGUUGUCAUCAUUCAUUGCACAGCCAGAUAGAAUUGUGGUAAAGCAGAAAUCCACCAAUCUCAAACAUACUUCCUUCAUGGAUAAGUUCAAUUCAUCAUUAUCGACAAUAUCCGAGUCCUUUCAAAAUAAAAAGGGCAAAAAGAAUACUGAUUUUGAUAAUGACCGAAUACCAAAUAUGAACCACACAGCGCCGGAACAAAAUAAUAGCCUCAUGGAUAUGGGUGUCUCCAUAGAGGAAUUACAAGAUGCUUUGAAUACGGAAUUGCUGUUGUAA